UGGACCUUCAUAUUAGUAAAUAGAAAAGUCUAGCGUCAAAUUAAACCCUAACCUUGGUUUAACGUCUCAGAGUCUGCCGAAUCACUUGUUAGAAAAAACAAUGUCGAGCUUUCCAUUGGAUUUAAGCACAGAAAUCCUCCGCCGUUUGGCCGUGAAGGAUGUUUUUCGCCUCCGGUGCGUUUCAAAGCUAUGGUGCUCCCUAAUUGACACUCCUUGUUUCCGCAAGCUCCAUGUCUCCCUUUCCCCCAAAUCCGAUCCAAAUCUAUUAGCUAUCUUCCAAGAAGAUGAGAGCAACUUGAUAAAGUUCCUAGACUUGGAAUUCCCAUCACUUCUUUUCCCUAGAAUCAUACCUAACCAACCUCGCGACGACACAAAUAGCAUUCUGGGUUCCUGCAACGGGUUGGUAGCUUUGUGCAAUGAACAUCGUCGUGAUAAGUCAGUUGUUUACGGAUUUGGUUACGACCCUACGACGGCUGAUUACAAAUUGCUCAAGAGUGCACAUUUCUUCUACAAAAAAUUGCCCAAGAGAGCACAAAAGUACUACAACUUACAUCUUUGUCGCGCUCUCUACUGGAAAGCUGAGAUUUAUAGUCUCAAGACUAAUUCUUGGAGGGAAAUUAGUGGCUGUCCAUUUAAUUGUGGUUUGGGUGGUUUCGACGAUGUUGCUGGAAUUCUUGCUGAGAAUGCAUUGCAUUGGUUAACUCAAAAAUACAAACCAAAACCGGUGUCUCUACGUAUUCCUAGGCAUCAAGAGAUUGCUGGUUUUGAUUUGGUAGGUGAAGAAUUUUAUAGUGUGCCAAUUCUAGAGUGCUUUUAUGGGGCAUUUAGUAUGACUAUGGCAGCCCUAGACGGUCAUCUUUCUGUAGCUGCUAGUUAUACAAAUGGUUGUGUUGAUGUGUGGGUUAUGGAGGAGUACGGAGUAAAGGAAUCUUGGAAUAAGACAAUUUCUAUGAUGCAGGAAGAAGUACCUAAUCAUCUAAUUUAUUCGAUAAAUGACAUGGAGAAAUUCAAAGUGUUUCCUUUGGCAUACUCAAGAGGGGGUGACAAAUUGUUGGUUCAUCGGCGUGGUAAGAUUUUUUGGUGUGACUUGAAAAGUGAAGAAGCUGAGUUUGAUGAUGGAGAAGGCGUCUUAGUUGAUGGAAAUGUGGAGAUAACAACUGCAAGUCUCGUUUCACUUGAGGACUACAGAAGUGAAAUUGAUGGGAAGACGGAACAAAUUGUUGUCGAAGAUGAUAAUUCUAACAAUAACGAAAAGAGGAAAAUUUCUCAGAAGGAACAAGAGGCAAGAAGUGAGGAUGCUUGAAGAUUAGGUAAAUAAUGCUCUUGCUAAAGUUUGUUUCUUUGCUUGUAAAUACUUGUUUUGAAAAUAUUUCUUGUACCCCCUGUGUUUUCUGCUUUGAUUGGAUGCCGAGGAAAUGUGGCAUGGAAAACAAUAUCUCAUAGGAAAGAAAAAAAAUAUUUGAUGUUUCUAUAUUUCUAUGUUUACUAUACCUUUUUAUGUUUCCUCUCAGACUACUGCAGGCAAAUAGCUGUGUUCAGACAUAUUUGAUGGUCUGAAUCAGAAAUGGGAAAGAGAAGCUGUGUUUACAUCCCAUGCCACUAGAUGUCGUAAUGAAGCGUCUAUGGAAGU